CGCGGCCACUGAAGAGAUAUUACAUUUGUUAAGAAAUAUAGUGGCCGCGGAAGCGUCGGGACAGAGGGACAAUGUCCCCACGGUUGUUUGAUAUCCGCAUCAUCUUAUAUAAACCCCUCUCUCCCCUAUUCUACAAUGUUAACGUCCCCACAUGUCCCCACACCUUCCGCGGCAACUGAUCAUCAUCAUCAUCUGGGUGGGCUGGUCUGAUUUGAAGUUUUCCUCCAUCAAACAAAUCUGGAUAUUGGUGUCGGAUUCGCCCACUAAUAAUCGUGCACAUCCAUAAAUAAAUAAAUAAGCAAGUAACCAAUAAAAACAUGGCAUCGACAUGGAGCAGCAGCGAUUUAUUCGCCUUGGUGGAAGGACCUUGGAAAGAAGACUAUCUCAUUAAGCGAAUCCUCCCCGAAGACCUGUCCCGAGUGUUGGAGCACGUUCGAACCCACUUUCUCCAGGAUGAGCCCACCUGUAACCUCCUGCUCACCCAACGACGACGACGUCGACGGGAGAAAGAAGGAUGCAGCAACAACACGGAUCAAUUAUUAUUUGAAGAAGAGAUCCAAUCCCUGGUUCGAAUCGUGGUGCGUGACGAGCUCAGCUUUUUAGUCGAGGAUGUCAAUACGGGCGAACUUGCCGCUAUCCGGAUAACGUAUCGAUCCACGAAGGCAACAGAUUUCCCAAUAUUUUCCUCUCCCUGUAUGAAAGAAUUAUUCCGUCUGACCAACUUGUUGGAGAAAGAGGCAAAUCUCUUUGAGAAGUUUGGUGUUGGUGAAAUUGCCAGAUUUUUCAUCGCCUCGUGCACCCCGAAGUAUCGGAGGAGAGGGAUUACCACGGAAUUAUACAGGAGAAGUUUGAUCUUUCUGAAAGCGAGUGGAUUUCGAUUGGCUGAAUCCAUGUUCACAAAUCCGUUCACGAGGUGUUGCGCUGUCAAGUUUGGGUUCCAAGAAGUGGUUCGGAUUGAAUAUAAAGAUUACAGAAAUGAGAACGAUGAUGGGUUCGUGUUUCGAGGAGAAAGUUCCCAACAUCAUUUUGCUGCCAUCAUGGUGAAAGUUUUGUAAUGCAGGGAAUUAUCUGCAGAUUGCGAAACGGAGUGGAUGUAUCCUAUUGGUUUGCGAGAUCUUGGAAUUCGUAAAAAGUUAGUUCGUUGGUUAAGGUUUGUCCUGUUAGUAAAAGGGUAAUUUUGAAGAUGUAGUGCGGUUCUCAGAAGUAAUUAAAAUAAAGUUUUUUAGGGUAUAUAUAUAUUUCACAAUAUGGGAACAAUUAAGUUUAAAAUAUUUAACUGGUUUUAGUGAAAUGCUUAGAAAA